AAAUCCAAGCUCGAAACGAGUAAACAAAAAAUUUGUUCCGUGGCUCCCCAAGAUCGAACGCCGCAAUCGAGGCCGAGCCACACGGAAUCGAAACAGGGAGGAGAAAAUAGAGUCGAAGCGAUAGAAAAUUCGUCGUCAACAUCUGCUUCCGUCGAGGCGGCGAAACCAUCAUCGAUCUUCAUUCACAUCGAGACUGUGCAGCAUCCGAGCUUUCCAAAUCGAACCCAUGAGCACAGCGCCUACCUGCCUACUCUAUCUGUGACAUCAUCCGCGCUCCGGCGCUGCACAAAACUUGUUCAUGGCCACUCCUUUCCUCCAGACCACGAUUCCGCACCAAACCACCACCAAAAAAUCGAACUCCCAAGCACAUCUCAUCUACCAACGCCCAAAACCCAAGUCGAAUUCCAGAUUCGAGCUCAAAAGAAACACCAAAAAAAUCCCGACAAAUAGGAGACAAAUCACGAAUCGCAUCAUCAUUUCUUACCACGAGUCCACGAUGCCAAAAUGCAACACCCAAACUCGUAGCACCCAUCACUCCUGCUCCAUCUCCAUGGACGCACACCACCGCGGCCACCAGCGGCAACAGGAAAAUCGGCAUGGCAACCGCACGCGCCGCUCCGACGAAGACGACGACGACUUCCACGUAACGCCCCUCCGAUCCAAAUCCGAUCCGCCACCCGAAUCGCACGACGAAACUUCGAAAAAACCGCACCUCUCGCACCUCCCUCUGGUGCUGCCCUCCCUUCUCGUUCCCCUCCUGGUACUUGGAAGCCCAUUAGAACAUACAAAGAACAAGCACAGGAGCGCAAAAAAAAAAAAAAAAUCCCCAAAAUCCCAAUCCAAUUUCUCUCCGUGCCCAUCUGGCCAUCUCCAUCCGAGGCUGUUCUCCCUUCGCUUUCCGCCGCCUCCGCGAGGGCUCGGGAGGGAGACGAGCUCCCCAAUUCCCGAAUUCUCGCGGCGGCCAGGUAGGGUUAGGGUUUGCGGGGCGCGAGCCCUCGCCUCCCGAUUCGCAGGGCAAUCUAGCGGUUGGUUUGACGAUUGGAGAUGAUCUUCAAGCGGAACCAGCGGUUGGAGAUCCUCGAGCUGCGGCGCUGCAAUGCCGCGGGCGGCGGAGGGGAGGACGAGGGGGGAGGCGAGCGCCGCCCGACGAAGAGGCGGAGGGGCGACGAGUUCUUCCCAGUAGAGCUGCUCGGCCACGUCCCGGCCUCCAGCAUCCCGUACGCCGCCUACGGGUUCCGGUGGAGCGAGCAGCCCGAGGCCGCCUCGCCCGCAGAGGCAGCGCAGCCGCCAGCCGAGGCGAGGCCGCCGGUGGUGCGCACGUCGCGGGGGCGUGCCCAGGUGCUGCCCUCCAGGUUCAAUGACUCGGUGCUUAUCGACCCCUGGAAGAAGGAGAAGCCGGCCAAACCGCCUGUGCCUGUCAAGGCAGAGCAGUUGUUGCGCAAAAACGAGGUGCUGUACAGCAAAGGUGCAAUCUCCGACAGGAGCUUCGCAUUGUCCGAGGAGGACGAGGACGAGGAGGCAAUGGUGGAGCGUUACCGAGCAUGCCGGAAGUUUGGUGGCUACAAGAAUUAUUUCACGUCCCAGAGCACGCUCACCUCAACACACGAUGGACUAUACAGCAAUUACCACAGAAAGGAAGUAAUGCUUAGGCGCUACUGUGAUGAUGAUGAUGGUGAUGAGGAGGACGACGACGAAGAAGAGGAUCAAGAGGAGGAAGACCAAGAGUUCUCUCAUUGGAGCAAAGAGUUUGUGUAUGGGGACAUUGUGUGGGCAAAGCUUGGCAAACGGCAGCCGGUGUGGCCAGGACUGGUGAUCGACCCAACUCAGCAGGCUGCUCCUGAGGCAUUGCCGCCGCAGCCUCGCGGUGGUGCUGUGCUUUGUGUGAUGCUGUUCGGCUGGUGCACAGAAUUCAGUGAUGAGAAGAAGUACGUGUGGGUGCGGCAGGGGAUGAUAUUUCCAUUUGUUGACUACAUGGACCGAUUUCAAGGGCAAACAGAACUAAGCAGUUGCAAACCUGGUGAUUUCCAGAGGGCACUAGAAGAGGCCUUUUUGGCUGAUCAGGGAUUCUCAGAAGUGCCAAUGGAUUGCAGUAACGCAGGGCAGCCCGUGGUGUGUCAGCCUUUUCCAGCUGAUUUACAAGAAGUCACUGGUUCAAAUGAGCUGGAGUCUCAGUCACAUAUUAAGUACUAUAAUAGAGCACUGCAGUGUGAGAGUUGUGGAAAUUGCUUUCCAAACAAGGAUACAAACAAGAUGGUGUGUGUGAUGGGGCAACGUGCUUGCAGACUUUGUGAUAAGAUAUUGAGAUCAAAAAAGUACUGUGGAAUUUGUUUGAAAAGUUUGCAACAUAAAUGUGUUGGAAGAUGGGUUUGCUGUCAUGGUUGUGAAAGUUGGGUUCACUCAGAAUGUGACGAAAAGUGCAGCAACCUCAAGGGUCUACUAGACAAUAGUUAUUGCUGCCCUUACUGCAGAGUUAAACUGAAUUCAACUCUCUCUGGGAAUACAAAAAAGAUUUAUGUCAGCAGAAAAGAUAAUUCUACGCAGAAAGGAAGAAGGCCUGACAAAGUUGCAGUUGUCUGUUUUGACAUGGAAGGAGCUUACCUACCAGACCUGGAAUUAAUUUCUUGCCAUUGUGUCCCUUGCAAGGGACAGAAAUUUUUGUUCAAUGAAUGGGAACGGCAUGCUGGCUGCAGAAGUAAAAAUUGGAGGUCUAGUAUUAAGAUUAAGGGCUCAUUGAUGCCAUUUGGAAAAUGGAUAGAUCAACAUCAACCAGGUGUGUGUCCCACAAAUCCUGCAAAACGCUCAUCUCAGAAAAUGAAGAAGCAGAAGUUAAUUGAUUUGCUAAAUGAACCAUAUGAUCCUGUAAAUGUAAAAUGGACAACAGAAAGAUGUGCAGUCUGUAGAUGGGUUGAAGACUGGGAUUACAACAAAAUUGUUAUUUGUAACAGAUGUCAGAUAGCAGUUCAUCAGGAAUGUUAUGGUGUGAGGGGUAAGCAAGACUUUACCUCAUGGGUUUGUCGGGCUUGUGAAAUACCUGAACAAAAGAGGGAGUGCUGUCUUUGCCCUGUAAGAGGUGGUGCUUUGAAGCCAACGAAUGUUGAUAAUUUGUGGGUCCACGUGACAUGUGCAUGGUUUCAGCCUCAGGUUGCUUUUGCUAGUGAUGAGCUCAUGGAACCUGCUAUUGGGAUAUUGAAUAUCCAACCUUUGCUAUUUAUGAAGAUGUGCGUGAUUUGUAGGCAAAUACAUGGUUCAUGUACACAAUGCUACAGGUGCUCUACUUACUACCAUGCCAUUUGUGCAUCAAGGGCGGGCUAUCGAAUGGAGCUGCACUGCUUGGAAAAAAAUGGCAAACAGACAACAAAGAAGAUUUCUUACUGUGCUCAUCAUCGGAGCCCUAACCCUGAUAAUGUUUUGAUAAUUCAAACUCCGGCUGGAACUUUCUCGUCAAAAAAGCUUGUUCAGAGUAAUGGCAAUGUAGCUGCAUCAAGACUGAUUAGGAAAGAUCUUCCCAUGGAUUCACCAUCAGAAGUUGAAAUUUCUGAGCACUUACCAACUGCAAGAUGUCGAAUUUACUUAAGGAAAGAUCUAAAGAGAUCUCAAGAAGGAGCAAUUGCACACCGUGUAAGGGGAUCCUGUCAACACCGCUGGGACAAAAUUGACAGUCUCAAUCCACGUAGGGAAGAGAGGGACCCAGAAUCAUUUUCUACUUUUAAGGAGCGUCUGUGUUAUCUGCAGAAAACAGAGCAUAAUAGAGUAUGCUUUGGUAGAUCAGGAAUUCACAGGUGGGGACUUUUUGCUCGUAGAGACAUUCAAGAAGGAGAAAUGGUCCUUGAGUAUCGUGGUGAACAGGUCAGACGAAGUGUUGCUGAUUUACGGGAAGCAAAAUAUCGCGUGCAAGGGAAAGAUUGUUAUCUUUUCAAAAUCAGCGAGGAAGUGGUUGUUGAUGCCACAGACAAAGGGAAUGUUGCACGCCUGAUCAAUCAUUCUUGCACACCAAACUGCUAUGCAAGGAUUAUGAGUGUUGGACAUGAUGAAAGCCGUAUUGUUCUAAUAGCCAAGAAGAAUGUCCGUGCCGGUGAUGAGCUAACGUAUGACUACCUGUUUGAUCCUGAUGAGGCUGAUGAACGCAAAGUUCCUUGCCUCUGCCAGACUGCUAACUGCCGCAAAUUCAUGAAUUAGUUUACUGUAUAUGUCAAUAAGCCACUCACAUAGGUUUUAUUUUCUCCUGCUUAUUUAUCUUUUAUUUUUUCAUGAUCCAUUUAUGGUAUAUGCUGAUCCUCUCCACAUUCUUUGACCUUCAUUUUUAGAAAUAAGUUUAGCUAGAGCCCAAAAGCCUGAGCUUCCAUUCCUGUAAAUACCACAAAUGUAUUCACUACGAUCAGGUUUUUUCCUAAUGAAGAAAUUUUGCGCCCAUGUUGAGCUCGA